AUGGGUGUUAAGAGCAAGGCUGCUGCUGCUAUCUUAGUCCUGCUGCUGUUCCUCGGCUCCCUGUGGAUCCAGGGAGGUUUGGAUUACCACUGGGAAUCUUGUUUAAAAGGAUAUAAUCAGGUGAACACGCUCCACCAGCUGUACAACAGCAGUGAGGCCGAUGGGGGCCAAGGGCCCCCUGGUCAUGGAGGGGUGCCCUGUCAGACCUUCCAGGUGUCACUCCUGUUCUCCCCACCUGCUGGCUGCAACCGGCCUACAACCUCGGACGUGCUGAUGCAACCAUAUCUGUCCAGCUGGGACGAGCUUGUGAGGUUUAUGGAAGCGCUGGGCCCCAUGGUGGGACUGAUAUCUAAAGAGAUUGAAAGCAAGACUUCUAUAAUCCGUCAACUGGCCCUGUUGUCAGAAGGUAACCCUGAAGCAGAGCUAGGCCCAGAUAUACACUCAAUAAACAGUGUGAGCACAGAGACUGGAACAAAGAACAAUCAGAAGGCCUCACAGCACACUGGCGCUUAUUACUCUGUACGCUCCAUGAUCUGGGUGGAGCUUAACCGAGGAGUGGUGGACUUCCACCACCAGACGGACUCUGGAUGCAGGACUCUUCUGCGUCUGCAUCGCGCUCUGCUUUGGCUGAAGCUCUUCCUGGAGAAGCUGGCUGAGACGCCAGAUGCCGGCCGGCUAAGGAGCCCCUCAGAGUUGUGUCGAGAGGCCUACCAGAGCACCCUCGCCAACCACCACACCUGGUUUGUCCGCAGGGCUGCCGAGCUGGCCUUAUUGCCAUGCCAGAGCGAGGUUUCUUUCUUCAGGCUGGUGUGUGUGCAGAGCCAGGAGGAGCUGAAAACGGUGCUGAACAGAGUGGUUCAGGCCAUUGGGGAGGUUUAUGACAGGACACAGAAAGCCCUUGAGGAAAAUAACAUGCUGGACUUGCCAUAG